AUGCACUGGCAAUUCGCAGACCCUAGCGAAAUCGGUUAUGCGUAUAUGCUUAUCGGAGGGUUUCUCGUCGCGUUCAGUGCAGUGUCGUUACUCGUGAAGGAGAGACUAUAUAUCAAUGAAGUCGUUCUCGGGACUAUAUUCGGCAUCCUUAUAGGUCCGCACUGUGCAAAUAUCGUCAAUCCGCGGAGCUGGACGUCGGACGCGAAUGCUCUCACACUCGAGAUUACGCGAUUUGUGCUCGUCAUUGGUCUUUUCGCCAUUGGCGUCAAACUACCCCGCACAUACAUGGCCAGAUCAGUGAAGAGUCUAUUGGUACUGGUCGUCCCAAGUAUGGCCAUAGGAUGGUUCAUAUCUGCUGUACUAAUAUACACACUAUCACCUCGUCUGGGCAUUGUCGCAAGCUUCUUGAUCUCUGCUUGCCUUACGCCCACGGACCCGAUCAUCAGUGCAGUCAUCCUCGAAGGGAAGUUUGCGGAAGAGAAUGUGCACGGACGGCUACGUUCACUCAUCGAGGCCGAGUCGGCUUCCAAUGACGGGAUGGCCUACCCCUUCUUGACUAUCGCCUUCUAUGUGCUCAUAGAAGCAAACGUCGGGACAGCUAUCGGGAAGUGGAUGGUCAUCGGAUGUCUCUAUCAGGUUCUUCUGGGCACCGCUCUUGGUGCCUUCUUUGGCUGGGCGCUCAGUCGCGUCAUGGAAUAUACCGAAAAGAAAGGAUUCACCGGCCGGGAAGCCUACCUCGUACAGUGCAUAGCUGUGGCGGUUCUCACAACCGGCGUGGCUACAACCCUUGGAGUCGAUGAGCUGCUCGCUGCGUUCGCAGCUGGCAGCGCGAUCAAUUGGAGUAUCGGUAGGGCUGAACCAAACGUAGAAGGAAGGAACUCUAGUGCCACUCCUGUAGGCGAGUUCAAGAGCGUAAUUGACGCGGAUCUGCCCCCAAGGCCGGUACACGGACUCACGCCUCACUCAUCUUCCUCGUCGACAUCGCCAUCAAACUUGACGCCCAAGUCAGACGACGUAGACGCAUCCGACGCGAAGAGGUCACACUUGUCUGUGCAGAUCAACGGGCAACAUUUCCCGGGCGCCAUCGACUUCAUUCUCAACUGCGCGUGCUUCUUAUACAUCGGCGCAUGGCUACCAUUCGACCAGUAUAACAUGCCAUCGCUAGGCGUAACGCCUUGGCGGCUUGUUGUGCUCUCUAUCGGUAUCUUGAUCCUUCGGCGGAUUCCUAGCGUUCUAUUUCUCUACACUUGGAUCGAGGAGAUUCCCUCCUGGCGCGAAGCGCUUUUUGCGGGUCAUUUCGGACCGAUGGGCGUCAGCGCUGUGUUCGUCUCCACCCUUGUCAUCACAAAGCUUGACGGGGCACCCACGCGCACCGAACAAACCGACGUGCUUGAGCAGACAAUCCAACCGAUCGUCACUUUCGUCGUCCUCAGCUCGAUCAUAGUACAUGGUCUUUCCAUUCCCCUCUACACGGCGUGCAACGCCGCCGUUGGGAAAUGUACCGCAUCUAGGAUGUCGCGAUCAACCGGCGACCCUGAACAGGGUAGUUCGAAGACCGAUGGCCUCGGAGACAAGAUCCGCGGUCAAGGCGAGCAGAACAUGGGACCACGCAUAUUGGACACAAAUUCUUGUAGUCGGGGUAGCGAUGGGUCUGUCCCGACGGACCCUGAAAAGCCGGACCUGUAG